GUCUAAUCUCUCUCUUAAUCUCAAUGAAGUUUCAAGAUACUCUCUCUCUCUCUCUCUCGUUAGGUGUAAAAGAAGAACAAAAAGUUUCAAAUCAUUCAAAAUCCUCAGGGCGUGAACACAGCAAACUGCCCACUGCCUGUGUUUUAAAGUUUCAAACUUUCUCGGAACCAAAAAAGAUAUAAAAGAAAAAGAAAAAGUUUUGCCCUUCUUUAAUUUUCUCCCCACCUAUAAAUACGCCAUUUUGCACCCAAAAAUCCCCAUCUUCUCUCUUUUUUCCAUCUUCCCCUGUUCUAGAAUCCAGCCCAAAUCUUCAUUUUCUCUCCCAUUUUCCGGGAAAAUUUCAAAGCUGGAAAAACCCCUUUUACCUCCAUGGAUCAUAAAAUGCAACCCGAAUUAAACAACCCAAAAUUCGCCUCUGGCGCCGGCGCCGUUGACGUCAGAACUCUGCUCUCCAAUCUCCUCCUCUCCCGUCAAACGACCAACACUCUGGAUUCCAUUUUCUCCCACUGUCUGCCGUCCACCGCCGCCGCCAGCCCUGUUCUGGACCCGGCGUUGGGCUCGUCGGUGUAUCUCCGGCAGAGGGAUCUGGUUCACAAGUUCUGCGAGGAGAACCAGAACCACCACGGCUGCUCGCCGGCGACUCUGUACCACGACCAAGACAACAACAGAGUACAAGUCUCCGGCGGCGGAGGGGGGUGGUACGGCGUGUCUCCGGUGCCGAUGAAGAAGAAGCUGUACAGGGGAGUGAGGCAGAGGCAUUGGGGGAAAUGGGUGGCGGAGAUUCGGCUGCCGCAGAACAGAAUGAGGGUGUGGUUGGGGACCUACGACACGGCGGAGGCCGCCGCCUACGCCUACGACCGGGCGGCGUAUAAGCUCAGAGGCGAAUACGCGCGCCUCAAUUUCCCAAAUUUGAAGGAUUUUGCCAAUUUGGGGUUCGCCGAUUUCGGACGAUUAAAUGCCCUCAAGAACUCUGUCGACGCCAAAAUUCAAGCGAUUUGCCAGAAGAUGAAGAGGGAGAGGGCCAGAAAGAGCGCCAAGAAAUCCGAAUUCCAUCUCAAAAACGACGCCGUUUCCUCGCCGGUGCCGCCGGAUUUUGGGGACGCCGAAAUGGUGUCUUCUUCGGCGGUUUCUGAAGAUGGGUUUUGGAGGUCGGAGAAUUCGCCGCCGCCCUCUUCGUCCUUCUCGGCGGAGUCUACGUCGGCGGUGGGGGAAGGAGUUUGUGAAGGGUAUUCUUCACUGGCAAAGAUGCCGUCUUUUGAUCCAGAGUUGAUCUGGGAAGUUCUUGCAAAUUGAAUUUCUUUAUUCUCAAUCCAAGUAAUAAAAAUAUAUAUACUUAAUUUC